AAGGCUUAGAGGCUGGCUGACUAAGGCGAAUCUGCCCUCUGCUGUCCGCUCACAUCAACCAUAGCCCGCAAAGCGCGUCUGCGGUACGUGAAGCUAUCGACCGCAUCCCAAGCCGACUAUUUCCCGUACGGCCCUGAUGAGCAGAUAGCGUUGGCCUGAGUCUACUGUCGCGCGGUGGUUUGAAUGCACUUGCGCACGCCCAUCGCCCUACUGUCACCCCCCUCGCGACGCGCUCCUACGCUUUCGACUGUCGCCUACAGACCCUCGGGAUAGCCGCGCAUCAUGGACUUCCAAUCGCCCCAGAAUGGCAUGUACGAUCCUUCGAGCUUCAUCGACCCAAGCGCAAUCGUGAACCCCCAGAUGAAUGGCACGCGAUCCUAUCCAAUGUCGUCGAUACCCCAAAAGCGCGACUCCGCCGGCGCCGCCCUGUCUCUUUCCCGCUCCCAAACCCCGUCGCAGCAAGCCCAGUUUGGCUUCCAGCAGCAGCAGGCCUUCACCCACACACCCUCUCCCACCAUGCAAAACCAGAACUUUGCGCCUAGUCAAUUGGGGCCCCAGAGAAUGCAGACCGCCUCGCCCGCGCAAAACCCCCAUGCGCCGCAGAUGUCCCCCAUGGGUUUCCAAGGUUCACCCAUGAAUCAAGGCUUCCCGCCGAGUUCUGGCGGGCAGUUCCCGGUCCAGUCAGUCCAACUGUCGCAGAAUCUACAGAGUCGACAGCAGGAGGCGCAAAGACAAUAUGCCAUGCGUUUACAAGCUCAAGCGCAACAACAGCAACAGCUAGGAAACCUGGCUGCAAGCAAUAUGGCUGCACAACAGCGACACCAGACGGGUCAGAUGCCCGGCGCAAUGCAACAUCUUGGCAUGCAACCGAACAUGAUGCAAGCGCAGCAGCAGCAACAGCAACAGCAACAACAGCAGCAGCAGCAGCAGCAACAGCAGCAACAGCAACAGCAACAGAAUCCUCACCAUCAGUUCCAGCAGUUCAUCAAGAACGUUGGUGCGCUGAUGGCUCAGCAUGGUCGGCCGUUCAAUCCCCAGCCAUCGUGCGCCGGUCGCCCCAUCAACCUCCAGAACCUGUACGCAAUAGUAUUGCGGUACAAGGGCCAUCGCUACGUUACGCAGUCGCAAGCCUGGUCAAGAAUUGCGCAGAUGAUAAGCAUAAACACGCAGCAAUUCCCCGGCGCCCCUGAAGAGUUGCGCGCUAUAUAUGAAGCAAAUUUGGGCAUCUAUGAGAAUGCCUUUAUGCAAAGACAGCAACAGAUGAAAGCCGUACCGCAGCCAGGACAGAUGGGACCCAUGGGACAGAUGGGUCAACAGAUGUCACCAACACGGCCAACUGUGCCGGGACAACAGAACAACGUAUCUGCACAGCAAGAAUACCUUCAGCAAUUGCAACGAUCUCAGGAAGCGAUGAAGCAGCAGCAGCAUCAUCAACAGCAGCAGCAGCAGCAACAGCAGCAACAACAUCAACGGCAAUCUGUACCGCCGGCACAACAGCCACAACAGCAAUACGACCCUUCAACGCAGCCACUACAGUCGACGCCGGUACAAAGUAAUGCUGCGCUUCCGAAUGUCAACGGCACCACACCUCAGCCUGACGGAAACGCCCGGAAGAGUUUGAGCCGGCAGUUGGAAGGAACACCCACUCGAGGACAGGAGUCAAGUCAGACACAAUCAUCACCAUUAAAACAGGAGGAAAACGCUGCCACCUCGGAGCCAGCUGCAGUUGCUGUAGAGGAACCUGAGAAGCGGAAACCAGUAAUCGAACAAGAUGAUGGCACCAGAGUAUACCAACCCGCGUAUCGAACGCAGGAUACCUGGGGCGGUCUAGAUUUUGACUCAGACAACUUCAAGAACAUGAUUGACACCAUCACCAACUACAAGCCGAACGUUCCUUUAUUGCCAGAGAUGGGCGUUAUCGAUAUCAGAGCUCUCACAAUGAGUCUUCGAUCGGGACUUCAUGCCGAGACUAGACUUGCGUUAGACACACUCACAAGAAUUACGUACGACAACACUGUACAGUUCAAUCUAUCGCAUUGCGAGGACCUAACGGAUGUACUGGUCGAGUUUGCGGAAGACCAAUUGGAUAUUCUUGGGAACGACAAUCCCGAGGUUACAGAUAUUCUGGAUCUUACGCCGUAUGAGGACGUCUUACAUCAUUGUCGCGCAGAGGCCGCAACGUUGCAAGAGUUUCCAGAAGCUGGGACACAGGCGUAUCUCCUCGACCGAACUGCGGACCGGUUGCUUGCCAUUACCACAAUCUUCCGAAAUCUUUCUUUCCUCGAGGUCAACCAUGACUCCCUCGUUAGCCCUGCUGUACUCAAGUUUCUCGCCAAUUUCAUACGGCUUGUUGGGACCCGCGUACUGCUUCUACGAUCACAUAUCAACACCUUCGACUUCAUGAAGGACGUGAUCACAUUCUUCUCCAACACAAGCGCUAAGGUUGUACUACCCUCCCGCGAAGACGCGUAUGCUGUUCUUCAUUUCCUGUGUGCUUUCGCCCCUUGUCCUCGCCCUAGCGAACCGGUCAAAUUCACACCCUUCAACCCGCAGAUCCAUCGUUAUCUCCCAUCCGCCGUUGACAGCUUAGCAAAACUACUUGCUCGCGACGACCCCAACCGGACGUACUACAAGCAGAUCUUCGUCAAUGAAGCAACUUCAAUACCCGCUUACGACCUUCUAACACGCUCAUUCGCCCUAGCCAUCUCCGUCGUACCCGAUCGCAACUACAUCGAAAAUCGCAUGUACGCAAUGAAAGAACCACGACCCAAAGAAGUCCGCAUGUUCGAAGCGCGUAUUGCGGAGUCACGGAAAGCGUAUCUGAUGCAGGGCAUGCUUGCCGCAGACAUUCUCGCCAGCCUAGCCCCUGGACCGGAAAGUGGAAUAUGUCGGAGCUGGCUGGAGUCGCAAGAUGGCUGGGCACAUAGCUUACUCAAGUUCGCAAUGAGUCUCUCUAGUACUGACGCGGCUAUCCAACCCCCACCUCCGCCGCCCAACCAGCGUGGCCAAAGACCUAUGGACCAUGACCGAGAGGGCUUUCAACUCAUUGUUCAUCGCGCGCUGAGUACGCUGAAAAGAUUAGGCGAUAAGAGCAAGGGUGGCGAGUCGUUGGUCAAAGGCGUACAGACCAAUGGCCAAAUUAAUCACGAUAACGACGAGGAUGAGGAUGAUAUGGAGAUUCUUGACUUCAAUAGAAGUACAUGGAAGGUUAAAUCGGACAUAUUGCCGAGGAAAGAAACAUUGCUUGGUGCGUUGCUUACUGCGCAAUUGGAUGUUCGGAGUUUGAAUCAAUUUUGCAAGAUUGGGUAUCUGGAUGAGUAAUUGAGUUUGGAUACCACUGGAAGGGACUGGCGAGAUUCAGCAUGUGUACAGCGUGGACAGGCUUGCAUUUGCAGAUAUCCUCACUUGGGUGAUGCAUUGAAAACGAGGUCGGGCUUACAUGAGUAGUGCAGCGAUGAGAGUGAUAUGGCGCAGGAAGCUCUACUUCUAGCUUGUACACUUAAUUGACUAAACGGACAACUUCUGUGGAAUAUUAUGCAUUUAUCCCCAAUAACUAG